AUGCGAACACUUCACAACCCAUUGAAGGGAGGUAAUACUCGGUCCCACUGCCACCUCGGUCCUGUUAAUAGUGAUAUUAGGUGCCUCGGAAUAGUAAGAACAGUGCAAUCCUGGUCGCCUCCUAACGGGUCGUCCCUGCCAUCGCUGGAUGAAACUCCCCUAACAGCGGUUGAAACGAGACCUCCACGGAGGGAACAGUCCUGCUACUUUGCUGCGUUGAACGGCCAAACAGAUUUCUCUUGCCGGCCGCCGUUGCUAAAUUCCCCGCCAGGAUCGAUUGGUUGGUUAAACCAGGACACGUUUAAAACUUACCGGAGCCCGGGAUUAAACCCGGGCUCUUUUCAGAAACAGUUGAGACAAACGAGACAUGGCGCAAAGAGACCCAAGAGGGCACACUUUUUGUCCAGGCCGAAAGACCAGGACGCGCAAUCCAUGUCCGGCCGCAGGGAACAGUUGUUCCCAGACCAGAUAUCCCAAAGUAUUCGGUUCCACUACAGAAGCCAUCACAGCCCAAAAAAUUUUCUGAAAAAACAGCAUUAUAAAUGA